AUGGCGAGCCAGAAGGUAGAGGUAGAGUUGUCUGAUCGCUCACGGUCGGCGGCUGAGCAGGAGCAGGUGGCAUCCUUGCCGCAGAAUACGAACCAGGCUUCCAUUAGCAGGAAUGGGCCCGUUCCUGAGCCGGUUUAUUCCCAAUGGCACUAUGUCACCGUUGUGGCAGCCGGGUUCAUCGUGAUGAUCACGACCUGCGCUUUCGUGUUCUCGUUUGGAGUCUACCAAUCCCUCUAUGAAGAGAUGGCCCGCGAACCGAACACUCCUUUUACCGGAAGCACGACUGCGCUCAUCGACCUGAUCGGCACACUGGCCAUUGCGCUUAUGUCGAUGGCCGGCCCUUUUGCCAUGUCCUGGGCGAAGCUCUUCUCCCCGCAAGCCGUGAUCAUCGCCGGCGGCUGGGUGUUUGGUAUCGCCUACAUCCUCGCCAGUUUCAGCAAGGCUCUAUGGCACUUUGCUCUGACACAGGGGCUGCUGCUGGGCAUUGGCACCUGUAUGGCCUACGUUCCCACCAUGGCGGUCGCCCCAACCUGGUUCACUAAACGUCGCGGCCUCGCCAUGGGAAUUAUCAUCUCCGGGACCGGAGUGGGGGGCAUGAUCUGGCCGCCUGCACUGCGGGCCAUGAUCUCCCACGUGGGCUUCCGCAACGCCCUCCGCAUAUCAGGCUGCAUCUCGCUGACGACCGUCACCGCCGCGGGCAGCAUCCUCCGCUGGGAGCCCAAAUUCCACGAGCAAGUCAAACUGCAAGCGGCCGGAGCAUCCCGCUCCUCCCGCGCCCGUCCCAAAUGGAUACGACUAUUCUCCGUUCCCCUCGUCAACUGGCGUGUAGCCCGGUCCAAACGCUUCACUGCACAAGCCUUAGGAUGUUUCCUCCAAUCCGCCGGCUACUCAACGCCGCUCUUUUUCUACGCCGCAUACGCCCAAGCGCUGGGAUACAGCGCCACGACAGCAGCCAACUUCAUCACGCUGAGCAACGCAUCGAACUUUGUUUCCCGCAUCAUCAUCGGCUACGCAGCCGACAAGCUCGGCAGGAUCAAUGCUCUCGCCGCCACGACGCUGCUCAGCACCGUCGCCGUAUUCGCAUUCUGGCUGCCGUCAUCGCUGGUCUCGAGUGCCGCGGCGCAUGGACUCUUCAUCGUCUUCACGAUCCUGUAUGGCGCCUUUGCUAGCGCGUAUAUCUCGCUGUUCCCCGCAUCGCUAGUGGAGCUCUUUGGCGUGCAGCAUUUCACUAGCGUGAAUGGGGCGCUGUAUCUGGUCCGGGGGGUCGGGGCGUUGCUUGGCACGCCGCUGACGGGGCUGUUGAUUCCGCGAGGCUCGGCCUUGACGGAGUCGGGGAUUUACGAGCGGGCUGCUAUUACAGUAGGAGUGUUGUUAUUUGCCGCGACGGUGGCAUGUUUCUGGGUGCGAGCCGAAGUCCAUGGGAAGUGGCGAGUGUAG